GCUAAAGAUUUUUCGCGGAAUGAGUUAUCAAUACGGACAGGGUUAUUCGGGACCAGGGGGUAAUGCUCCCCAGUGGCAGCAGCCUCCAAGGGCACCAUAUGCAGGUGGUCCUGCUGCUGGACAGUAUGGUUCACCUUAUGGCAGUGCCCCUCCAGGGCAACAGUAUGGAGGAGGGUCUCCAUAUGGAUCUUAUGGUCAACCUGGUCCAAGAGCACCAUACGGAGGGGGUCAAGCUCCAGGGGGUCCAUACGGAGGUUAUGGACAACCUCAAGGAGGACCAUACCGUCAGCAGGGAUCAGCAGGUAACGUUCCACCCGGUGUGAACCCUGAAGCCUACCAGUGGUUUUCAACAGUGGAUUCAGACCAGAGUGGCUACAUUAAUGCAAAAGAGCUGAAGCAGGCACUCAUGAACUUCAACAACUCCUCUUUCAAUGACGAAACCUGCAUUAUGAUGCUCAAUAUGUUUGACAAGACUAAAUCGGGCCGUGUGGAUGUGUUUGGUUUCUCCGCAUUGUGGACGUUUUUGCAGCAGUGGAGGGCAGCGUUCCAGCAGUUCGACCGUGACCGAUCCGGAUCAAUCAACACCAAUGAGAUGCACCAGGCAUUAUCUCAGAUGGGCUACAAUCUGAGUCCUCAGUUCAUUCAGGAGCUGGUGAACCGUUACUCUGUGCGCGGUGGGACCGGCGUUCUCCAGCUGGACCGCUUCAUUCAGGUGUGUACGCAGCUCCAGAGCAUGACCCAGGCCUUCAGAGAGAAAGACACCGGCAUGACCGGCAACGUGAGGAUGAGUUAUGAAGACUUUCUAUCCAGUGCCAUUACCAGACUCAUGUAAAACAAUCCAGACGCUUGAACCUGAAUGAAUGAAUGAAUGAAUGAAUGAAUGAGUGGCACCACACUUGAUACCCUCAGCAGUGCCUUUCUGAGCUAAAAACUGUGUUCAUAUAACUUUGCCAAUUAGCUUAGCAUGUAACUAGAACUUAUUGCAAGAGAUGACUGUUAUCAUCUGCUUAAGGCAGAUCUAAUACAGUAAUUCAAGACUAAACUAUUGCCAAAAAUGUCAGUGGUGCAUGUGAAUAAAAUGCCAUUAGCUAUGCAGCAAGCACUGUUUACUAAUUAAUCAGAGUUUGUCUUGAAAGUAUGAAAAUUUUAAUUUUCUUUUUGUUAUAAUGAAUAUUUCUGUACUUUUUAAAUAUUAUGCAAAAUCAUAAAAAUUAAUAUUAAUGCUUGAAAGGCAGCUUUGCUUAGCUUUACCUUUCCAAAGCUUCUUAUUUAUGUAUAUUCUCGUCCCCCUUCCAUAUAUUGAUUUUGUUUUGUCUUAAUGUUUUUGCUUCUAAUUAAAAUAAAAUAAAAUGAAUUAA